UCGGGAUCCAUGUAAACCACGAAUUCGCCAGGUCAUGAUUAUGUAACCCACCGGGCAUGUUCAUGUUGCUGACGGACUCCGGGGUCCGUCGGUACAUUGAUUGUUGCUUGUCACUGCUCGUCCCGGGCUGAAUUCCAGUUACCAUGUCAACUCAUCAGCGCCGCCUUCAGAACGCCCCACCCUACCAACUAGACAGCAGCCAUCCGUGCAGCACGAGACCUCCAGCAUGAAGCUGUACGCAAUAGGUGAUCUGCACCUCAGCUACCCAGCCAACCGUGAUGCCUGGUCGGAGCUCGACCUCCACCUCGACGACGGCCUUAUCCUGUGCGGUGAUAUUGGCGAGAAGGCUGAGCAACUCGAGCUCGCCUUCUCCACCGCGACCAAGUGCUUUAGGGACGUCUUCUGGUGCCCUGGGAACCACGAGCUCUACACCCUCGCCUCGCCAGCUGGUGCGCCCCCACAGCCACGCGGCGAGGCAAAGUACAACCAGUGUGUGGCCAUCGCCCGCAAGUACGGUGUACACACCCCCGAGGAUGAAUAUGUCGUCUGGGACGGCGAGGGCGGGCCCGUCUUGAUUGCUCCCAUCUUCACCCUGUACGACUACUCCUUCCGCCCAGAUCAUAUCAAGGACAAGGCCGAGGCCUUGAAGUGGGCUGAGGAGUUGGACACGGUGGCCACCGACGAGUUCAUCCUGCAUCCAGAUCCUUAUCUCUCUCGCGAGCAAUGGUGUGAGGCCCUUGUUGAGAGUACCCAGGCCAAGCUUGAAGCGGCCGCAGACCGUGGCCUGCCCUUGAUCCUCAUCAACCACUGGCCACUGCGUGAGGACCUCAUCUGGAUACCCAGAGUCCCAAGGUUCACGCUGUGGUGCGGCACAAAGAAGACCCAGGACUGGCACAAGAGAUACAACGCCAAGGUUGUUGUCUCCGGCCACCUGCACGUAAGAAGGACGGACUGGAAGGACGGUGUGAGAUUCGAGGAGUGCAGUUGGGGCUAUCCGAGACAGUGGGAUCACGUGAGGAAGUCUGGCAAAGAUAUAAAUUCCUUCCUACGGGAGAUCCUCCCCGGUCCCCCAGUACCAGAGGGCGGUGAUGUCCCAACUCAAUGGAGGAGAUGGGAUUGAUGUCCCGCGUCUGCCUUCGCUGGUGCCAAUGGCGAGACGCGAGGCUAAAUUCUACUUGCGCCGGGGCCAGCUCUACCACAGUAGCAUCCUUAGGAAGUUGGUGUGUCUGGGUCUCUUAGCAC